UCACCCCGUUCUCGUUGGUUUAGGGUUUUGCUUGGCUUGGUUUGAGUUGUGCCGGAGGGUUUCGAUUUCUUUCCCAGAAAACUCUCUUUGCCCUUCUCGGCGCCGAAACCAGUAGCGAUAGCAGCCAUGGCGAGCACCAAGGUUCAGAGGAUUAUGACCCAACCCAUUAAUCUGAUCUUCAGGUUUCUUCAAAGUAAAGCGCGCAUUCAAAUUUGGCUUUUUGAGCAGAAAGAUUUGCGAAUUGAAGGCCGUAUAAUUGGUUUCGAUGAAUACAUGAACUUGGUUCUGGAUGAUGCUGAAGAAGUAAACGUUAAGAAGAAGAGCAGAAAAUCCCUAGGUAGGAUUUUAUUGAAAGGAGACAACAUAACACUGAUGAUGAACACGGGAAAAUGAUGGGGGAACAGCACCCUCUUGAAUCACAUUUUGGGGGUGUCUUUUUUGGGAGGUCAACCAAAGAGAUGCCUUUAAGACUUGUAGCCUUUUAUCAUAUCUUUGAUAAUAUUUCAGCAUCUCAGUAGAAGAAUUAUGUGUUGAUCAAACUUUUUUUUUAUUAAACCCUUGUAGGUUUUCUAUUUUAUAAUGUCAUCUAAUUUCCUGUGGAUACUCCUACUCCGUUUGUUUUUGCCUUUUGUUUUCUUGUUCUUGAUGCAAAGGGCGGUUUUAUGAAGCUCCCCUUAUGCUUGCUCCUUCAAUUCGAAAAAAAGGGGAUGGUCACAGCAGGCAUUAAAGUUUUCUAUAGAAACUCCUGCCAUCACUCAAAAUGUGACUGUAACAGUGUGAUGAAGGCGUGAAACGUGAUCAACAUGACCUCGAGGGGACCUGUAAAGCUAGUGCAAGGGGUAGCUGUAUUGUGAAAACAUCUUGUCUCAAUAAUAACACUUGCGUGUCCUUUAA